AUGGCUCCCAACACCAAGGCUCCCAAGGGCAACAAGAAGGCCAGCGCUGCUGCCAAGGCCGUCCUCAAGGGCGCCCACUCCCAGACCAAGAGGAAGGUUAGACUGUCGACCACCUUCCACCGCCCCAAGACUCUGCAGCUCUCGCGUGCUCCCAAGUACCACCGCAAGUCUAUCAACCACGAGCCCCGCCUCGAUGAGCACAAGAUCAUCAUCCACCCUCUCAACACUGAGAGCGCCAUGAAGAAGAUUGAGGAGAACAACACCCUCGUCUUCAUUGUCGACAUCAAGGCCAACAAGGCUCAGAUCAAGGGUGCCCUGAAGAAGCUCUACGACAUUGACACCCAGAAGAUCAACACCCUCGUCCGCCCCGACGGUAGCAAGAAGGCCUACUGCCGCCUGACUGCCGACGUCGAUGCUCUCGACAUUGCCGCCACCAAGCUGGCUCUCGUCUAA